AUGUAUCCGCACAAGCUGGUCCUGCAGAACAUUGCUGAAGUCAUGGAUGUCCCAAAUAUCAGAACUGGAGAUGUGAAGGCUUUUAAGCUACUUCAAAGCAAACUCCCUCAUGAGCUAAAAAUUAGCUUCAAGAGAUACAUACACCCACUGAGGGUAACCAUACCAACUAUCCUAGAUUUCUCUAACUGGUUGGAGUACGAGCUCCAAGUACAAGAUGAUGGCAAAAGGAUGACAGGUUUCCCACCAGAACCCAGCAAAAUCACUAAGGAACAGAAGAAAUCUUGGAUCCGAAAGAUCAAUCGAUGCUGGUGCUGUGGACGAAGUCAUCAUGCCUUAAAAUCCAACCUGAAAUCUCUGGACAUCCUGUAUGAAGAUCACAUUGUCUAUAGCCACAAGGUACGAGCGAGGUGUCCUAAGGUGUGUAAGUGUCCGGCGGAGCGGCCCGUGUGCCCGCCAGGCGUCAGUGCGGUGCCCGAUGGCUGCAGCUGCUGUAAGGUUUGUGCCGCCCAGCUGAACGACGACUGCCAUGAAGGCAAACCCUGUGACCAUCACAAGGGCCUGGAGUGUAACUAUGGCAACGAUGUGGCCAGUAUCCAUGGAAUCUGCCGGGCCAAACUGGAAGGCCGCUCUUGCGAAUACAACGGCCGCAUGUAUCAGAAUGGAGAAAACUUUCACGCGGGCUGCAAACACCAGUGCACCUGUAUCGACGGGGCAGUGGGCUGCGUGCCCCUUUGCCCCACUGAUAUUCCUCUGGCAUCACCAUCCUGUCCCUCACCUCGACUGGUCAAAAUCCCCGGCCAGUGCUGCCUCAGCGUGGACUGUCACGGCGAGUCCUCCGUCCUACCGCCAGUGUUCAGACGGCCGCAGCCGCAGCCGCCUCCAUAUCUGUUCCCUGACCUGCACACCUACAAGAAACCCCGACCAAAGCCGUUCCCCUACAAGCCCAAAGAAUCCCUGAGCAACGAACUCAUAGAGGUGGAGAAAAAGUGGGACAAACCGCGCAGUCGAAAGCAUUUGCCAUCAUGCAAGCAAGCCGGACGGCAAUGUGUUGCGCAGACGACAAGCUGGACGCCUUGUUCACGCAGCUGCGGGAUGGGCGUUUCAUCUCGGGUCACCAAUGAGAACGCGCAGUGCAAGCUGCUGAAGGAAACCAGACUCUGCAACAUUCGUCCCUGUAGUUCUGUGGCUGUGCCUAUAAAGAAGGGGAGGAAGUGCUCUCGUACGCAGAAGUCUCCAGAGCCUCUGCGUCUGCGCUACGCUGGCUGCCGCAGCACACGCCUCUAUCGGCCCAACUACUGUGGGACGUGUCUGGACGGGCGAUGCUGUUCGCCCCGCCGCACACGGACGGCCCCCGUGCUCUUCGCCUGCCCCGACGGAGAGCACUUCGAGAGGGCCGUCAUGUUUGUGCAGUCCUGCAAGUGCAACGACGAAUGUGGCCACCUGAACGAUGCGGCGCUCCCGCCCCAACGUUGGCUGUAUGGCGACAUGCACAAGUUUGUUGAUUAACAUCUUGUUUGUCCAAAGACCCCAUGUUUGUCCCCAUGUCUUUCCCCAACCAAUAGAGUAGCGUUUCGAAGUGUAACUCUUGAGUAGACGCUAGGCCGAGGCCUUAUUAUAAUGCAAAUCCAUGUGGAAAAAGGGCAAUUUUGGGUUUCCAAUCCCUUGUACCGAGAGCCUUAGAGUAGAUGUGCUUACCGCGAGGAUCCAGGAUGGGAUGAAUCCCGGUUGUGAAUAUAUACAAUGGAUUUUCUGAUUGACUGGUCCUUACCAUGAACAGUGAUGCAUUCUGGGGCACCUGCACAAUCUAAAUAAGAAAAAAAAAAAACUGCCUCAGCGGGACACUGAUGAGACGCUUAAAUGUGGUGGGACCGACUCUCAGCUUCACAAGGGCUGGUCUUUACUUCUUCUGUAGUGAUUGCUUUGCCUUGACGUUCAAAGAACAGCCGGCAAAUACGAGGGAAACUCAUCGGGAAGUCGUUUUAAGCUACCCAGGGUUUGACUCAGCUGCUUGUGGACUCGAUGCUGAGUUUGAUGGUUUCGUGAGCCCAUGACGUCAACUCACUGAGGGAUAUUUGCCAAGUGCCGCAGCUCCCUGGCGUCAAAACGUCGGCUCCUCUGCUCCCGGCUAAUUACAAUCCUCUUCUUUGGGGGCAGAAAGAAACCCAGUAACCCUUUGGUUUGCAAUAAAAAUAUGUUUAAAACACCAGCAUCUGAUGUAAACAUGUAAUUUGAAAGUAAUGGGUGGGACGGUUCUUUCAAACGCUGGUCUGUAAUCUACCACAUGAUGGCAGAGCCUCGUGCAAACGGCACUGGUGUCUGUGUUUUAUAAAGCAGCAGUCUCUAUUUCUGCCUGGCAUUGGUGCAUGAACUGACGGAGGUGACGUCGCACCAUCUGCCCUGAAGAAUGAGAGUUUGAACAGGCU